UAACUCUACAAAGACGAAGUACAUGAUAGCGGGUAGAGACAGAAGCAGGCCUAGUGGUGUUAGUGCUGAGGUAGUGAUUGGUGGGGAAGUGUUUGAAGUUGUUGAAGAAUUUGUUUAUCUUGGAACACUUGUGACAUGUGACAAUGACGUCUCCCGUGAAGUGAAAAGGCGUAAUGCAGCUGCGAAUAGGGCCUUUUACGGAUUGCGUAGCCAGCUUAGGUCCCGUAACUUGCAAACGCAAACAAAAUUCGCUCUGUAUAAGACGCUGAUUCUUCCGGUUGCCCUCUACGGUCACGAAGCGUGGACGUUAAAGGAGGUAGACCGAAAAGCUUUUGGAGUUUUUGAGCGCAAAGUGCUGCGGACAAUUCUCGGUGGGAAACAAGAAAAUGGAGUGUGGCGCAGACGCAUGAAUCACGAGUUGUACCAAGUGUACGAAGAUGCGAAUAUUGUGAAACGUAUAAAAUACGGCAGACUUCAGUGGGCUGGACACGUAGUGCGAAUGUCGGAAGAAAGAAUAGCGAAAGCAAUAUUCAGCAGAGAACCCGGUAGAGGUAGGCGACUUCGUGGGCGGCCGCGAACUCGCUGGCUGCACGCGGUUGAAGAAGAUCUACGAUCCCUACACGUUCGGGGAAACUGGAGGAACAUCGCCCAAGACCGACGAAGAUGGUGCUCUACUAUACGCUCGGCAUUGGAGUAAAGUUACUUUGUAGCCAACAGGGUAUCAAGGUAAGGUAGCCGUAUGGUAUUAAUAUCUGCCACACAGUGGUGGUAGUUGCAAAUUUUCAAAAGCAUACCAAUUUUAUUAAUUACCCAAAACACAUUCAACAAGCCGUAACUUUUUAAAAAAAUAUAUAAAAAAUUCUCAAAUUUUGACUGAUAAUUCCUCAUCUUGUUAUCUGUAAUUUCUACAAAUUUGGACUUGAUUAAUCAGCUCUACACAAAGAUGGAGCGCUUUAAGCAGAAUCAUUUUUUUGACUGUUGUUCUAUUAACUCUUAUAUCUUAGAAAUAGGUGAAUCAAAUCAAAUUGAAAUUUUGAAAGUAAAGAAUUACACGGUCCGACAAUUUUUUUGCCCAGCUCCAAAUUUCACCUUUUCUGAUUGCUUCCGACUAGAAACUCAUAAAUCUGAAGUUUUGACCCUCCCCCUCCUGGGAGAGGGGAGGGGCAUUGAUUUGAAAUUUUGGAAAAUCGAAAAAUUUCGAGGUUUUUCGAUCGCCAUUUCGGCUAAAUGCACGAUAUCAAAAAAGGAAAAGGUUGACCACGGAGCUUUAGGGGUUGUGCAACUACCAUGAAAAUUUCACGAAGAUCCGUCAAGCCAUUCUCGAGAAACGGUGUUUUUGCGAAAUGAUGUUUUUAAGAUUUCUUAUAUUGCACGCAAAGAAUCCAACUACUAUAUGACACAAUUGCUGAUUUAACCAUGCCGUUUAGCAUCAUGGCGUCUUCGAGGAAGUUUUUCACUACAAUAACGUGCUUCUUUUAACCUGUUUGUAAAAAUGAUCAAUCCCCCUAAAAGUGAGAUAGAAAAAUUACUUUUUGAAUUUUUCAAGAUACAAGGUUGAUGUCUUCACAAGAGUUGUAGAAGAUGCUGUUCUGAAUAACUUUGUCGAAGACGCCAAGUUCGUAACUCCGUUAGUUUUUAAGAUACGUUACGUUUUUGUUACCGACGGCCCCUUGAAAAUGUUUUUUUUUUCAAUAACUUUUUUUAAUUUUGAUUCCACAAUUCUAUUCUCACAGUCUUCAAUAGGUCAAUCAUUUUGACUUUCUAAGAGAGAUAAUUACUUGUACUUUCGCAUUUGUAUGGGAUAAUUUGCUUACAAUCGUAUUCACUUCUCAACAAGUUGUCUAAGGAAUGCCUUUAUCAAAACCUGGAAAAAACCAAUAAUGCCAUUUUCACAACAUUUUUUCUGAGAUCAAGUUUCUUAUUUUUUAAGGUUUUUUACGCAACAUAAGAACUACCACGCAGUUUCUUAGCCUUUCUGAACACAUUUUAUUUAAAGUAAUUUAUUUUUUUAGCUCAUUUCAUACUUUGGAUGGCAAAGCUUGUCAUACCACAAAACGAACACAGUAAACAGUAAUUAAAACAUUCGUUUGCUUUACGUUUGCUGCUACUGGUUUUUAAAGAAAUUUGAAACAAAAGCUUUCGCUUUCAGAAGGCCCGUAAUAAUAGUUCUUGAUCAAAUAUCCAAUGAAAAUUACUUUUACCAGUCGAGAAAUACCUUUUCUUAUCUUACAGUAACUUUCAUAAUGUUUGGAAAUACAAUAUUGUUUAUGAGAUGUUUUUCCUUUCUACUAUGCUAUAUUUUUUCCUCCUCCUGUUUACAGAGCCCUAUUUCUUAAGUUUAGCAAGAAACAUCAGCAAAGUUGAUAUUAUUUGCUUCGUUAGAAUGUGUAUCAUAAGAGCUAGUAGAAACUUGUUUGGAUAUUGUACUCAAAUGGAAAUGGUAGUCAAUCUUUAGUGUAGUUAUAAUUUCUGAAACAGUCUAUACAUGUUGCACAAAAUACAUAUUUCCAAAUACCAUAAAAAAUUAUCACGAUCCGACAAAAAAUCAACUUUUCUUCUGCCCAGCUCUGAAGUUUUCUGAAUCGUUUAUCUAAAACUAAAAUAUCUCAAGUUUUGGAGGGGCAUUAAUUUGAAAUUUUAAGAAAUCGAAUAUUUUCGAGGUUUUUCAGUCGCCAUUUUGUUUUAAAGCACAACAUCGGAAAAUGUAAGAUUUACCACAGAGUAUUAGAGGUUGCGCAGCUACCAUAAAAAAUUCACGAAGAUCCGUCAAGUCAUUCUCGAGAAACGGUGUUUUUUGCGAAAUGAAGUUUUACGUUUUUAUAUGACUUGUCAGCCUUAUAACGUAUUAAAUCGUUCUGAAUGUAAUUAUGCGUUCUGAUCCUGUACUAUGCUUCUACAGAUUAGAGGACAGACAGAGACACAUUUCAAAAACUUUUCAGAUAUUGUACGCCAUCCAAAAUACCGUAGAGAUCAGGUCGUCAAGAUCUACAGGGUCAACUGUAAUGAAAAAUGUUAGUACAUUGAACGUAAAUGGCCAUUUUUCGUGUUCACAGUGCUCCUGCUACCUCAAUACUAUGUCGUGAAGUUUCACUGAUUCAACGAGGUGUUGUUAAUAACCCUAGAGUGGCCAACAUGGCCCUGGGUAGCUUUUUCGACUUCAAUUUUCGAUUUUUUUAAUGGUUUUUCUAAAAUUACGUAAAUAUAUACUAGAGUGCUGUGCCGAAUGUCAAAGCGAGGAGGUGCAGGAGAAGGGGUUUUCUUUAUGCCAGUAGAUUACUUGGGCGAAAUUGAAACACUUAUUUCUUUUCCCGUUGCUGCGUUAUGAAUAACGCUCCUUGAGGCUUCUUAAACCUGACGGGUUCACAAGAUAUCGUAUUUUUUUUCAGAGAAAUAUAUGAAGAUGACAAAAAUGUUCUAUAUUUGAAGAAAUAGCAGUGAUGUUAAUUUUUUUUUUUGCUUUUUCUAUCAGUAAAAUGCUGGUAGAAACGAUUUCUACGGGCAUGGGUUAUUCGACUGCAUCUUUUGAAAUUUGCGAUUCUUUUUCUUCUUUUUUUCUGGUCAACCGACACCGUACGUUAUUAAUUGCAGUUGAUCGUCCGCCUAUUCUGGUACUAUGCCUAAACAAACACGGACGCUCAGGGAGACUUCCACACAAACUUAUUACCCUGCAUAUAAUACCCAUUGACACAGGGGACGGCUAGACUUUCCUUCCAAAGUAAGACGUGAUAAGGUAUUUUGUCUCACCGACUGAGGUGAGAGGUAACCAACCACGCUCACCACUAUACCACCGACGCCACUGAGAGAUGUGGUUAUCAAACUUUACUCUCUAUAGUAGUCCACAACAAAAGCAAUAGAUACAAACAAAACAAGCAGUGCACAAUGGUACAGAGACGUAUCUGGUUGGACGAAAAGCAUAUCGGCCAAAUUAUAAGUUUUUGAUUUAUGCUGGCUUUGGAGAAGUUUCUUUAUUUUUUAUACUUUUUUUUUAAUAUUCGAGGGCCAAAUUUUUCUUAAGAUCAAAUUAUGAACUUGUUAUUUUUUUAUAUAGAGCAAUGAAUGUUCCACAAAUCUCUGAAUACUUUUAAUACUUGUAAUAUCAUACAUUUGUGUUUAAGACUAAAAUCUCGUAUCCUUUUAUUUGUUUUUGUAAUUAUGGCCAUUUUAAUAUGAAAAAUUCAAUAUUUUCAAAAUUUACUUAAGGACAGACUUGUUAGAAUCCCAAAAUGGCCGGCACAAUGGCCGACUUUGGCACCUACUCACGAUUUCAAGCGCACAAAUCUCUUCGUAAAGAAAACAAGCGCUCCUGAGCUUCUUAUUUUAAGCAUAUUACAAGUGAGCAAGGACAGAAUAAUGGAAUGCACUUUUGUUUGAAGCUUGCAUUUUGAGAUUUGUGCGUCUGAAGUUUUGAUGCACUGUUGAAGCGGGAUUUCAAGACGUUUGUCCUUAAUCGCGUUAAACAAAAAAAAAACAUCUUUUUAGUUUCUUCGUUAUUAAAAGGUGAAAAUUUUAUCUUUUGAACAAUACUAAUGAACUGAAAAUCCACUUGAACCAUCACAAGAUAAGAAGUGCCAAAAAUGAACCAUUUUUAGAAGAAAUCCAAGGAUAACUUUUUCAAAUUGGCUUAUUGAAAACUCCCUAAUUUUACAAUAUUGACAACAUAGCUAAAUCUAUUAGUUUAGGUGAAAAGCUUUUAGUUUAGCUAUAGAUACGGCACUGGACCAUUGUGCAGUGGUUCAUUGUUCCAUGGUGAAAAAAGAAGAGGAAUGUGGACCAUCCUGGUCACGCCAAUGACAAUAUAAACAUAUACGGUCUAAUGUUUUAGGAUAAACAAACCUACCCAAACAUCACGGCAUUAUGAUAUCCACUGUAUCGAUUUUCUAUGGAAUGGCUGAAUUCUAAUCGCUGAGGAGUUGAUACAGUGUGGUCGAUGAGUCGUGAGUCACACGGUGAGACACGUAAUUGUCUCAGCACCAACUUUUCAAAAGGGCGUAACUACUUUUGCAAUCAAUGCCUUCUUACAGAGCUGUGAAUCAUAUUUUAUUAAUCUCAAGCAAUUCAUAAACAUUAAACGAAAAAGGUGGAUUUUUCCUUUCUGUUUGUGCUAGUGGAUUGCUCGGGAGGGAUGAGAUACGAUCCACAGCUUUGUGAGAAGACAUUGGUCGCAAAAGCUGUAACACCCUUUUGAAAUGUUGGUGCCGAGAUGAUAGAUAGGCACAGAAUGAAACGGCAAAAUGUGAAGUGAGAUAAGCGUCAAAACAAAGAGGGAAAUCAAACAUAUAAAAAUAGGGAGAACACGGUGUUUGUGGUAGCAGAAUAAUAUUUAAAAAAAUCAGUAAGAGCAAAAUGAUCUCUCGGGAUUAUUUUUCCAUAUAAAUUUUGGGUAAAAAGUACCCAAAAAAAUGAGUAUUUCUUGGAAAAUUGUUCUGGAAAUCCCGAGAAAAAAAAUCUAGACCCCCCGAUAGAACAUGUCGCUCUUACCACUAAAUGAAAGGGGACAUCCUUAGCUUUCAUUUGAUGGGUGACUUAGCGAUACUGAUUUUUUUUUUGAUAAUAUUUUUCGCCACAGACACCGUGAGAAGUUAUGUUUGAUUUAGAGAAACGAAAUUGAUGUUGUAUAAGUAUAGCUAAAUUUCAGGAUCGUGCAAGUUAAGGUAGUGACGUAUCGGAUUCGAAACAACUUUAUGUUGAACUUAGUUAUAUGAUUACAUCUGAGGAAAACUGUAAGUACGAUGCAAACAUAGAAAGCAAAUCAAACAAAUUAUAUUGAACACUCAUUACAUAGUCAAUAAUAUUGAGACGACAGAGAGUACAGUGGACUUUCAAAGUACGCGGACUACCGUCGACAAACGUUGCUAAGGUAAAUUAUGCAGAAAUUAGUAGGAAGUACGUAAAUAAUGUUUGAUUAUUACUUUGGUGACAGAUAACGGACGGAGGUAGAAACAGCAUUCGGAAUAAUUAAGAUACUUCACAUAUUUGAGAUUCUAUGCACGGUGGAGGCAAGCCAUAGAGAAGGAAGACAAACCAAAAAUUGUAAGUAUAGAAAGUUAAAACUUUCUUAUAAAAUUCCAAAACAGUAUAACCCCUGAAAUAUGUAUUUAUUUUAUAUUACAGCUUGAUCUAUCUGGAAAAGGUUGAUUCCAAAAACGGGUUGUGAUAUUUAGUCCGAACAGGUAAUGUAAUUAAGUAGCAAGAAAAGUUUGUUAUAUAAGGGGACUCACUAAACAGAUUAAAUAACUGCGUACGCCAUGAUUAUCUGAUUAAUGAAAUGAUUCAUGAAAUUGCGAAUGAUAUACUCAAAGAUUGCCUUAGUGAUUGCGACGCUUAAUCAGGAUAAUAUUUAAUCAUCGGUUUACGCUUUCUAGUGAAUCCCUUUAAUAUUUUAGUGAUAAACUGAAAAUUUGUCACUACCGGCAUAUUUUUGUAAUGAUUUUGAUUGAAUUUCCUGCACUAUAUUUUCUGUGUAUUGUUAGAUAAAAUGUCAAAUGCAAGCUGUAAUCAUUCCCCGGAUCAAUUCUGCUACAUUUGCGGAAAAUAUAUCAAAGCAAGAAAAGAAAAACGUUCUUUGGGGACUGAUCUUGUUUUACAAGAAGCAUAUAAAGCAUAUUUCGGCCUCGAUAUUGCAAACCAGGAUCAAGAUUGGGUUCCGCAUUUCUCCUGUAUGACUUGUAGAUUUGUGCUGUUAGGUAAGUAAUGUUAACGUUGUUUUUCGUGAAUAAACAUGAAAUAUUUUUGGUAUUUAUCUUUGUUAUAUAUUAUGACAUAAUUUGAAAAUAUUUUUGAAUAUGCUGUAAAAGUUGUAGGCAUAUUUCAGUUUCCUUAAUUUUUUCCGAAAUUUGUAUGUAGUCUCGUGAACCUCUUUUAGUCAAAGUGGCACCAAUUUGUUCAUUCUCUUAAGAAACAUACUCAGUUGACCAAAUUAGAAAUUGAAAUUUAAAAUGCGGCUUCUACCGAAGUGCCUAUUCUGGACAAGGCAACCUUCCAUACUAAAACUAUGUUUUUGUCUAGUUAUCGCAUUUUUUUUUACAAAAUUUGGACUACAAAUUUGCACUUGGUGUUCCCAGUGUUGGUAAAAUCACACUCAAGUCUCACUCAUGAAUCACUCUUGCGUGAGCGAACUCGCACGCGAUUCUGAAUCAUUUUCUCACGCGCGAGAUUUUCAUGCGAAAUCUCACUCUCGCGAGUCAAGCGCCGAAAACUCGUUUGCUUGUAAAAUAAAUCCAAAUCAAUUUAAACAUCAUUUGUUGUUAUUGCAGGCCAAGACCAAACCUUGUCUCAUUCUGUCAUACAAUUGUAAACACUCCGUUGUAAAUAAUAAGCAGACCAAGAAAUAAGGCAAUGAGUAAAAUCAUGAGUCAACUCAUGCUUGAUUUUUUUGGCGGUGAGUUUGGCGAGUCAAGAAUCGCGCGUGAAAAAAACUCAACCAUGAGUUUUGAGAAUUUGAGUUUUUACCAACACUGGGUGUUACGAGACAGAAGCUUUCGAAGGUUUGUCAAAAUAUUUUGGUUGGCUUAAACUAGCGUUUCUUCUGAUUUUACUUAAAACCAGCAAAAUUGCUGAAUUUCUGCCAGUUCGUCAGCUACACUUGAAAACAGUGUUUCAAAAAUCACGAAAUUAAAUCAUUACAUAAUAAAUACACAACAGUUAAAAAUAGUUUUUUGUCUUCCAGAAUGGAUCAAAGGAGAAGAUCGGAGUUUUAAAUUUAUCUUCCCCCGAUUGUGGUUGCAACCAACAGAUCAUUCCACCAACUGCUACUUUUGCCUAGUAGAUGUUUUGAAACACCAUGAAGAAUCUAUUCCAAUUAUGGAUAUACCUAGCAGUGGGGCGCCAAUUUUUCGUACAGCUCAACAUAUUCUACCUGUUCCUCCUGGAUUAAAACGUGAUGAACCUACAUCAUCAACAACAUGCCGCUUUUCUCCGGAUCAGUUCUGUUAUGUCUGCGGAAUUUUUUUAACACGUAGUGCAGAAAAACGACUAAUUGAUUUGAAUGAUUUGGCAAGUCAAUCGUAUAAGGCGUAUUUCGGAAUUAACAUUAUAAAUCAGGAUAAACCAUGGGCUCCGCAUUACAUGUGUGAUAAAUGCAGAAGAAAUUUGACAGGAUGGUUUGCAGGAGAAAACAGAACAGUCUCACUUACAAUGCCUAAAUUAUGGUUUCAAACUGUUCAUAGCGAUAGCUGUUAUUUCUGUCGUACGGCCAACGCUUCUGGAAGGAUCAACGUUACGAGUGAUGUAAAUUUAAAUGCUUCUACUUCAUCAGCACCUUCCCUUAAUCCUGUCGAACCGCAAAUAGAAAGUGGAAGCUACAGUACAAUUACCCACGACAGUUCUACAACUAUGAUCUGCAGCACUGAUUCAGAAAACAAAGCUCCACAUUUUAUCAAUAAACAGGAUUUGAGUGAUCUAACUAGAGAUUUAGGACUAUCGAAGGAAAAAGCCCAAAUCCUAGCAUCCAGAUUAAAAGAAUGGAAUUUACUAAAGGAAGAUGUGAAUAUUACAGAUAUAAGAUCUCGUCAUAAACCAUUUUUGAAAUUUUUCACUACUCGAAAUGAUAUCGUUUAUUGCUGUGAUAUAAACGGACUGUUUAAGGCGCUGGAUAUUGAGCACAUUCCAGAAGAGUGGCGACUGUUCAUAGAUGGUUCUUCGAAAAGUUUGAAGGCAGUGCUUCUUAAUAAUGGGAACAAACUUUCAUCAAUUCCACUAGCUUAUACAACCAAAUUGAAGGAAACCUAUGAGAGUACCAGCCUUAUACUUCGAUUAAUUAGGUAUGAAAAUCACUUGUGGGAAGUAAUUGGUGAUUUCAAAAUGGUUACUUUUCUAAUGGGAUUACAAGGUGGAUUUACAAAAUAUUGCUGUUUUCUUUGUCUGUGGAACAGCAGGGAUAUUAGCAAUCACUUUGUGCGACGAAACUGGCCCAAUCGAGAAAAAUAUCAAGUAGGAAAAGACAACAUAAAAUAUGUACCGUUAGUAGAUCGAAACAAAGUGUUAAUGCCUCCUCUUCAUAUAAAGCUCGGUUUGGCGAAGCAAUUCAUCAAAGCACUUGACAAAGAAUGUGAGGCCUUCCGAUAUCUUCGGGAAUUAUUUCCUGCCAUAUCUGAAGCUAAGUUGAAAGAAGGCAUUCUUGUUGGUCCUCAAAUCAAAAAGAUCAUAGAAAAUGAAAGAUUUCAAGAACUUCUUCCUAGUAAAAAUGAGAAGGAUGCAUGGCAAAGCUUUGUAUUAGUAACACGGAAUUUUUUGGGGAACAAUCGAACUGCAAACUAUCGAGAAUUAGUCGAAACGAUGAUAGAGCACUUCAGAAAAAUGGGAUGUAAGAUGUCUUUGAAGCUCCAUGUUCUACAUUCACACCUUGAUAGAUUCAAAGAUAAUAAUGGCGCAUACUCUGAAGAACACGGAGAGAGAUUCCACCAAGAUUUGAAUGAAUUUGAACAACGCUAUCACGGAAAAAACUAUGAAUCAAUGUUGGCUGAUUUCAUGUGGUCGACAAAGUACGAUCUACCUAAUGUUGAGCAUCACCGAAGGGUUUCUUAUAAAUCUUAAAAUAGUAUUUUCAUUGAAUCCAGUCUAGCUUGUACCCACAAAACAAUUUAUAAACUAUUUGUUAGAUUUUUUCAUAAUGUCAUUUUAAAAUAAAAUAUUAUACUGAAUAAAUUUGUUUAAAUUACCAAAUCGUCAUUUUUCACAUGCACACAAGUAAUUAUCUCUCUUAGAAAGUCAAAAUGACCUAUUGAAGACUGUGAGAAUAGAAUUGUGGAAUCAAAAUUAAAAAAAGUUAUUGAAAAAAAAAACAUUUUCAAGGGGCCGUCGGUAACAAAAACGUAACGUAUCUUGAAAACUAACGAAGUUACGAACUUGGCGUCUUCGACAAAGUUAUUCAGAACAGCAUCUUCUACAACUCUUGUGAAGACAUCAACCUUGUAUCUUGAAAAAUUCAAAAAGUAAUUUUUCUAUCUCACUUUUAGGGGGAUUGAUCAUUUUUACAAACAGGUUAAAAGAAGCACGUUAUUGUAGUGAAAAACUUCCUCGAAGACGCCAUGAUGCUAAACGGCAUGGUUAAAUCAGCAAUUGUGUCAUAUAGUAGUUGGAUUCUUUGCGUGCAAUAUAAGAAAUCUUAAAAACAUCAUUUCGCAAAAACACCGUUUCUCGAGAAUGGCUUGACGGAUCUUCGUGAAAUUUUCAUGGUAGUUGCACAACCCCUAAAGCUCCGUGGUCAACCUUUUCCUUUUUUGAUAUCGUGCAUUUAGCCGAAAUGGCGAUCGAAAAACCUCG